GCUGAGAGCAGGAUGUUCCGGUUCAUGAGGGACGGAGAGCCUGAGGAUCCCAUGUUCCUCAUGGACCCUUUUGCUAUUCACCUACAACAUAGGAGCAGGAUGCUGUCAGGGGGCUUUGGCUACAGUCCUUUCCUUAGCAUCACAGAUGGGAGCAUGCCAGGGGCUCGACCUGCUAGUCGAAGGAUGCAGGCUGGGGCUGUCUCACCUUUUGGGAUGCUGGGAAUGACAGGUGGCUUCAUGGACAUGUUUGGGAUGAUGAAUGAUAUGAUCGGAAAUGUGGAGCACAUGACAACUGGAGCCAACUGUCAGACCUUUUCAUCCUCCACUGUCAUCUCUUACUCCAACCUGGGUGAUGGCGCUCCCAAGGUCUACCAAGAAACAUCUGAGAUGCGCUCAGCACCAGGUGGGAUCCGGAAGACAAGAAGAACAGUGAGGGACUCUGACAGUGGGCUAGAGCAGAUGUCCAUUGGGCAUCAUAUCCGAGACAGGGCACACAUCCUCCAGCGUUCUCAAAAUCACCGAACUGGGGACCAGGAAGAACGGCAGGACUACAUCAAUUUGGAUGAGAGUGAUGCGGAAGCGUUUGACAAUGAGUGGAGGAGAGAGACAUCCCGAUACCGGCCACAGCGCCCCCUGGAAUUUUGUCGGCAUGAGGCUGCUGGGGCGGGUGGGGGUAGAAGGGCAGAGGGACCCCCUCGGCUGGCUAUACAGGGCCCUGAGGAUUCCCCCUCCCGACAGUCACGACGCUAUGACUGGUGA